AUGCGCCUCGAGAGCGCCGAGCGCGUGGGCUCGCCGUCGAUCCCAGCCGACCUCGAUGCUCGUGAGGCGGCCUCGCCGCCAUCGACGUUGGGCGGAGACGACGAGGCGAGUCACCCAUGUCGGGAGCGGCUCCGCGAGAAGGCGCUCCCUGCCGCAACCGAUCCCGGGCGCCCGCCCGAUCCCGGGCGGCCCUCUGCUCCUCCAGCGUCGUUGCAGGAGCCCGGCGGCGCGAGCGCGCACCACGCUGUCCAGCUCUGGUCGGUCGACGUCGGCGAAGCUCGCGCCGCCUCUGGCCCACGCUUCCGCACUCAUGGAGUCGCCUGGCAGCCGUCCGGCUGCCCGAUCUGGGAGCCGUCCGGCUCCCCCACGCCCCGUCCGGAGCGCCUCACCUCGCUCCGUCCGGAGCGUCACCCAGCGCUGCCACCGGGAACGGAUGAGCCCAGCGGCUGCCACGGCUCUCUCGUCGGCGGCGAGGCCGAUUCCGGCCAGCGCGCAGUCACCUGGCAGCCGUCCGACUGCCCGAUCUGGGAGCCGUCCGGCUCCCCCACGCCCCGUCCGGGGCGCCUCGACCCGCUCCGUCCGGAGCGUCGCCCAGCGCUGCCACCGGGAACGGAUGAGCCCAGCGGCUGCCACGGCUCUCUCGUCGGCGGCGAGGCCGAUUCCGGCCAGCGCGCAGUCACCUGGCAGCCGUCCGGCUGCCCGAUCUGGGAGCCGUCCGGCUCCCCCACGCCCCGUCCGGGGCGCCUCGACCCGCUCCGUCCGGAGCGUCACCCAGCGCUGCCACCGGGAACGGAUGAGCCCAGCGGCUGCCACGGCUCUCUCGUCGGCGGCGAGGCCGAUCCCGGCCCACGCGCUCUGCUCUUGAAGGCGGCCGUCCCGGCGCCCGGCGAGUGGGCCGGGCAGUGCCCCUUACCGUCGGGCGCCGGCGGGGCUGCCGCCACCGCCAUCGACGGCGGCUCGACGAGCGGUGUUGGUGCUCGCUUCGGCGCGCGCUCUGAAGGCGUGUUCGACCGCGUGCCCGCUGCACUACCUGUAUGCCCGAGGCGGAUCGCAGUCCUGGCAGUCGCCGUCGCAGUUCUCGCAGUUCUGUCAGUCGCCGUCGCAGCCAAGCCAUGCGGUCUGCUUGCGAUUACCUUGGAGCAAAUGGAUGGACCACCCGCCCACCCUGUCAACAUCAUGUGGGAGGAACGUUGA